AUGCGGUGGGGAAGAGAGGAAGAUGAAAUUCUGCGCGCUUGCGUUGAAGAAUACACACAAAUAGGCCAUUCAACAGACUGGAGCCGCGUCGCCGCGAAGCUACCCUUGCGAACAAACAAGGACUGCCGCAAGCGAUGGAUCAAUCGCGUGUGUGGCAGCCUUAGAAAGGGACCAUGGGAAACCGAUGAGGACAUGACGUUGCGUGAAGCUGUAGCGCAGCAUGGUCGAAAAUGGACACUGGUCGCCGGUGAAGUUGGGUCGCGAUCUGCUGACCAAUGUGCUAAGCGGUGGCAACACAAUUUGGAUCCCAGAUUGGAUCAUCAGCGGUGGACUCCUAAAGAGGAUGAGCUCCUUCUGGAGUCAGUAGAGCGCUACGGUCGAGAAUGGAGGAAGAUCCAAGAGAAGCACUACAGCACCAGGUCAGCUAAUGACUUGAAGAAUCGUAUUCUCUCGAAAAAGGUCACAAGCAGGCCGCCGUCUAGAUCGGAGCUCGGAUGUUUAUCAUCUCCGCCCUCCGUUGGUACGGGUGAUCUGGGCCAGGAUAGUACGGGCUCGGACACGAAUUCAGCCAACACAUCCGGUCUGGACCCAGUUGUGUUUCAUGCAGAAGGGUGGGGCGGGAUCUACAAUUCUAAUGAUCUAUUAAGCGACGUGGAUCAGGCUAUGGGGUCGACUAUCAACGUACAACAACCACAGAAUCAACAAAUGCAACCUCAGAAGCAGGCCGUGCCAUUGCAGCCACUGAGCCAUUUUGAUCCUUUGAUGAUUGAUGAUAACACUGACCAUCUUCCUGUCACUUCAAGCUUAUUCUGGCCUGUAGGCUUGACAUCGCCGCAAAGAGCAUGUUCAGGACUAUCUACUCACGGGAGUUUCUCAAAUACCAUCCUCACCAGCGGACCUGACGCGAUGUCUUACGACCUGUAUAAUCCCACCCAGACUGACGCUCGCGAUGGCAAUGGGCUUGACGGGAGUGGCAGGACUAGCAGCCAUGUGGCAGAUCUGCAGCUUGGAUUUGACACAGUUGAUCCUGUUCCGGACGGCAUGAAAAACGACAAUCUGAGUUCGCUUCUGGCGCACAAAGCGGGCCGACUUAUCAACUGCAGCCCGGGCGGCAGUGUCUCCAUUCAAGCCGAGGGGUGUGACAGGGAGGUUCUAAAUUAUGUGCUUGACGUGUUGCUCCCCAUCCGACAUUUGGUCAAAAUGGAAAUCAACAUGUGA